ACGCGACUCUGCCCCGGACCCGGGAGGCGUCGAGGUCGCCGCCGCCGCUGUCGCUUCCGCAGCCACCGGUGGGGGGGAUCCGAGCUGUGCCACCGCGGAAGCCCACCCUCCGCUUCAGCAUCUCUCCCCUCCUGGUCUCCUCGACCUUCUUUCCGAGAGCCGGAACUCGACCCGUGCGGAGAAGAAAGACUCCAGAGCAGAUGUUUGAACUGAAAUAACUUUAUUUUGGGGGGUUUACUUCGCUGACAGACCCCCCCCCCUUAGCGCAGGGCUCCCCUCCCCUUCCUCCCUUCCCCCUCUGCCGCCAGUACAAAUCCGACCCCCCUCUUCCUCCUCGUUUCUCCUUCUCUCUUUCUCUCGCCGUCGCCGCCGUACCCGCGUCCUUCCAGUCCGCCGCCGCCCGGGGCGCCGAGCCAGACUAUGGGUCCCAGGUGGGGGCUGAGCGGCGGCAGCAGCGCGGGCGGCCCGGUCACAGUGCGCACUGCAGCGGGGAUGGAGGGGCUCAGUUGGCUGGUGGUUUUCUCUUGACAUGGCUCCUGCCAGUGCUGCGAGCAGCGCCCCCGCCGCCGCCUCCUCUUCCGCCGCCGCCACCGCUCCGCCCGCGGGCUGCGGCUAGAGGGCCCGAACCCCACCCGAGAGUCGGUCAGUGAGUCCCGGUCUCCGCGGGGACAGGGAGGGGACUUCCCCGUCACCCACCCCCGACCCAGCUGCCUCGAGUCCACCCUCUACCCCUUUGGGAAACCAACUAACGACCCCGCCCUAAGCAAUUCAAACUCGGGAAACAUGGUCUGUUCAACGUGAGAGCGGAAUCCGGGAACUUAAUUUUUUUUUCUUGGGGGGGGGUGGGGUGGGCAUACUUUAAAAAAUAAUAUUAACGCAACUAUUUUCUUUUCUUCCCACUGAUCCUUCCCACUUACCCUCUCCCGCCUCCUCUACCCGGGCGGGGAUUGUUUCCACGAUGAAAUGAGUGAAAACCCGAGUGAUCCAGUGUCUCCCGUGGUGCGAAAGAAAAAAUCAGCACUCUUUGAAGUGUCUGAGGUUAUACCAGUCAUGACAAAUAAUUAUGAAGAAAAUAUCCUGAAAGGUGUGCGAGAUUCCAGCUAUUCCUUGGAAAGUUCCGUAGAGCUUUUACAGAAGGAUGUGGUACAGCUCCAUGCUCCUCGAUACCAGUCUAUGAGAAGGGAUGUAAUUGGCUGUACUCAGGAGAUGGAUUUCAUUCUUUGGCCUCGGAAUGAUAUUGAAAAAAUUGUCUGUCUCCUGUUCUCUCGGUGGAAAGAAUCUGAUGAGCCUUUUAGGCCUGUUCAGGCCAAAUUUGAGUUUCAUCACGGUGACUAUGAAAAACAGUUUCUGCACGUACUGAGCCGAAAGGACAAGACUGGAAUUGUUGUCAACAAUCCUAACCAGUCAGUGUUUCUCUUCAUUGACAGACAGCACUUGCAGACUCCAAAAAACAAAGCUACAAUCUUCAAGUUAUGCAGCAUCUGCCUCUACCUGCCCCAGGAGCAGCUUACCCACUGGGCAGUUGGCACCAUAGAGGAUCACCUCCAUCCUUAUAUGCCAGAAUAGAGUGCUGACCAGCAAAAUGGAGAAGAUCAGAGAGUGCAGCAGCAGUUUUUUUUCUUUUUUUCUUACCACUUUAUUCUUUCAGAGUUUAAAGAAAAUGGACUCAUGCACAGAACACUAUGCAUUUUGAAACUUGUUCAUCCUGGAUUUUUUUUUUAUCAUUUGUAUCUCAGAACUUAAAUUAGAUGUCUUCUGCACAGACUGUGUGAAAGAAGAUGCUUUGCAUAUUUGCUGCACUGCAUCAGCAUCUUACUAAAAAUGUGAAAUGAAAGGACUAUUGUACACUGAAAUGCUUAAA